AUGGGCAAGGGAGGUAUGGCUAUUCCGGAGGGCCAGAAUUUAGCCCAAGAGAAGAGUCCCUGUGCCGCUGUGCCCCUGUGCCGCUGUGCCGCUGUGCCCCUGUGCCGCUGUGCCCCUGUGCCCCUGUGCCCCUGUGCCCCUGUGCCCCUGUGCCGCCGUGCCCCUGUGCCGCUGUGCCGCCGUGCCGCUGUGCCCCUGUGCCGCUGUGCCCCUGUGCCGCUGUGCCCCUGUGCCCCUGUGCCGCUGUGCCGCUGUGCCCCUGUGCCCCUGUGCCGCUGUGCCGCUGUGCCCCUGUGCCCCUGUGCCCCUGUGCCCCUGUGCCCCUGUGCCCCUGUGCCCCUGUGCCCCUGUGCUGCUGUGUAG